UUGUAAACCGACUUACAAAUGUUUUUGCUUGUUUGUUAUAAGAAAAAGCUUUAAACUUAACGGUCGUGUUUAGCCUUUGCUAAUCAUCUUCCUAACGUUUCACCACUCUCUGUAACUGAACUAAGUAAACAGAAAUAGAAAAAAAAAGAGAGUCAGAGAGAGGUGGCAAAGAUGAAGUGAAGGAGGUGAGAGACGUAAAGCAAAGCAAAAGGGAUCGUCACGAGAAUCAGUGGUUUCUCCCACCUCGAAAACUUUUCAGUGAAAACCGCUAUGAACACCGAUGGAACUUGGCUUCACAACACCGGUGGUGAACGUUCUCAAGUAGGUGAUAACGAUGAAACAAACCAAGAAGCAAACUGGUUCAAUAACCCACAACCACUACCCCACGGUUCCCAAAACGACUUCAGAUUCAACACUGGUGGGUUUCCCUUAAACCCUUCAGAGAAUCUCCUUCUCCUUCUUCAGCAGCAACAAUCUAUUGAUACUUCUUCUCCCUUGCAACACUUCACACUCGACCCUCCUCCUCCACAACAACAACAACAAGAACAGUCUUUCUUAGCUACAAAAUCUUGCUUCACUUCUCUUCUCAACGUCCCCACCAGCAACACCAACAACAACCCUUUCGAUGAGCUGGGCUUCAGCUCUGGAGUUUUAGGACAACUCCAUGGAAACUCCCUGAGUUUCUCUACUCUGAGUUCACUUCCAAACACCACUGAAGUAGGUAACAGAUUCACUCCUCUGGAGUUUGCUGGAGUUUCAAAUAGUGUUUUUGAGAACAGAGCUAAGGUUCUGAAACCAUUAGACGUCUUAGCUUCAUCUAGCUCGCAGCCAACACUCUUCCAAAAACGAGCUGCAAUGCGUCAAACCUCAAGCAACAAAACAUGCAACUCAGAGUCAUCCUCCGAGAUGAGGAGAUCAAGCUACGAGCGUGAGAAUCUAGAUGACGCAAGUACUGGAAUCAUGGACAAUAUCUCUGAUGAACAUAACAACAAAGGGAAGAAGAAAGGAAUGCCUGCUAAGAAUCUAAUGGCUGAGAGAAGAAGAAGGAAGAAGCUUAAUGAUAGGCUUUACAUGCUUAG